UCAAUGGUAUAGUAUAUCACAGCAACUUUCAACAUUAACAAGGGCUUAUUACAAUGACGUGUGUGGAAGGAAGACCAAAAUAAAUCGAUCCCCGUGGUUUCCAAAACUGUUGGCAAUUGCCGCUAUUGAACAAGGUAGCACUGAUUCAAUAUCGAUUUAAAAAAAGCGGUGAACUGGACGGGGAAUUUAACGGGUAAUGCUUAUUUAAAUUAUCUAUAUACACACAGGCCCCGCCCCGAACGUACAGUCGCGGGGUCUGCGCCGAUGACGAUUCGACCCCGUGCUGACGUCACACGUCAUACGUCACACUCCAGGUCCAGCGCUGCGGGUCGGGGGGGCGCUGUCUCACCAGCGGCAGGAGGGGGUCCGUUGUUAUAUAGCCCUAUCGAGGCCAGGAUUUGUGAUGUCCUUGCAAAUAAACCGUUGUCUAAUGUGUCUAUCAGUUAUUAUAUUUCCUGUCCCUUCUGUAAAUCUGCUUUUGUUCCAGAUUUGCUAUUUAGCGAUCCGAAUCACCUUCAUGCAUCUGAUGCAGAGAAAGCUUUAAUGCAAGAGCUUGACUGUGAGCGACGUCCAGAGUAUGUUCCUUUUCUCCAAAGGAAAGGUGUUUUCCGGUAACUCGGUUUUGCUCCCAGCUAUGUGACACAACCCAAAAGAAAUGAACCCGGAUAUAAAGAUCCCAGACGAGCUCCGAGAAUCUUCUUGCUUUCAUUCUUUUCAAAAAAUAGUAUGGUAUACUAAUAGCGUCAGGUAUAUAAAAUGUCAAAUAUUGCUAGGCACACGGCGUGUAUUUAUUUUUCGUGCCUUGUGUAAAAUUACAACCGGAAGGACAGGGCUUCCUUGCGCAAAAAGAAGGAUUGCGGGGGAUGAUGAUCUAGUAAUCUCGUGAUGGAAAAGUUCCUUAUGGCACACUGAAGACCACGAGCGAAAGAGCAGUAUAGCUCGUUCGUGACGCUGCCGUGACUGAAUCCCCCCGUGUGGGAGAGGGGUCUGGGCCUCGUGACGGGCAGCAGCGGCUACCUCGCGUGUCACGUGCAGAUUCUGCCGAGCAUCGAUCACAGGAAAUGAAGCACAUGAUUUAGCGUGGCGGAGUUAGGAGUUAUUCAUUGUACAAAGUUCACACCCCCCACACGUUUCAAAUAUUUGCUGGAUGAAGACGCGGCUGGCACUUGUGUUGGUGAACAGGUUUUGAGGUGUUAGAACAACAGGACAGUCCUCUGCAAGACUUGGCCAGCUCGCAGCAAGCCCAAGACAGCAGCAAGAUGAAGCACACAGAAAGCCCUGCGCGAGUCAUGCAGCCAGUGAGCUCAGAACGGGGAGAAGAUUCCGAGGUGGAGAUUCCCAAAAGGCCUGGAGAUUCCCAACAGCACCAGGGUGUCCAGGAGGCACAGGAGCAGGACUCCGCUAUGGCACAGCCAAGACUGAGCGACGAGCUGUUGCGCUUGGAAAGAAACAGUCAGCUUCCAAAGGAGGAACGGGAGACAAAGAUACUUGACCUACUGCCACUUUUUAUUGAGGUUGCUGAAAGCUCUUGUUUACAAGACCACGUAAAGAACUUACAGACCUUUGCUGGUGAAGUUGCCCAGAUGUUGGUAACAGAUAUACAGGAGAAGGUUUCAAACCGACCUGCAGAGGAAGCGCGCCUUGCGGUGGAACAAUUCUUUCAGUGGAAAGAAGAAGUGAGAAGCAACAGAGGAUGGCUCUUGCUGAAGUCCAUCAGUUUCUUGUGCAGUGUGGAUUCAGAGUCCCUUGCAGCCAUCAUCCACAGCGGGCUACCAUCUGCUCUUAUCAAAUGCUUGUAUCUGUUUGUGUCCUUGCCUGGCGAAGAAGUGGCCCACUCUUCUUUCCAGGAAGUGUUCAUUCAGAUAACCUCGUCGCUGUGUGGGCACAAGCCAUGUGUGGAGGAAGUGGUGGAGAGCUGUGAGCUGCACUGCCUAAUUAUAGCCCUGACGUCCCUGUGGGACCAGUGCAGCCCUUCCUGGAGACGCCAGGCGUCUCUGGUGCUGAGAGUCCUGUCGGGGGCUGGCUCUCCGAACACGGCCGCAGCUCUGAGAGCAAAGGACUGUGUGAAGAUCUGCAUUCAGAACCUGCAGAAGAUGUUGGACCAGGUGCCAGCUCCUGUCCUGGCAGAGGUGGCUGUCGGUGUGUUCAGCUUCAUCAGGGACUCUUACCCUCUCAGCCCAGCACUCCUGGAGGACUUUGAGAAUAACGAGGGCUACAGGAUUCUGGAGACAAUACUGUCCCGUUGUGAUGAGGGAUUGAACGACAAGAAUGGAAAACCUAUUGAGGACCUGAUGGACUUCAUAGCCUCACUUACCGUCUGUGGCAAAGCUGAAUUAAAAGUCGCUGUUUGUGUGAGCAAUCCUCAGCCUCCGGGAUUCUCAUUUGAUCCGCCUCUCAGCACCGGUUCCUCUUCCUCUGUGAAAAAUCUCCCAGCUUUCAGGGUUCUGCAGUCGGCUUUUCUCCAAUCCGAAAACCCAUACAUCUGCACCCAAAUUCUGCAUACCAUUAAAAAGAUCUGGACUUGGGAGAAGGCAAAUUUCUUUCUUCUGGAGUGGACUCUGCAAUCUCUCUCACAGCUUGCUGAAUGCAUUUGUUUGAAACCUCAGCAGGUUCACCGCCUGUUUUUUGAGCUAGUGGAACUUGUAGUUUUUCACUUGUCCUACAUUCCUCAUGAGACACUGAAUAAAAUCAACUGUAUCUUUCGACAAAACCUCUCUCCUGGGUUUAAUACAGCCAUGCUGGAGUGCUUUUACAAGUUGGUGAUGUACAAUGGGCUGUUCAGUGACAUCUUCAGUGACUCAGGGCUGCUGGAAUUUCUCCUGGGUGAACUGCGGAAACAAGCUAAGAUUCUGAGAAAAGCAGGCACCAAGGAACUCUUGCAUGAAGAGGACAUUCAGAAGAACCUAACCUCUAAUAUGCUGAAAGUAGUAGCUGCACUGACAUUACAAUCUGUGAAAAACACUGUGUUCUUAAGAGACACUGGGAUGGUUCCAUAUAUUAAGAUAUUUCUUGAUGAUCAGCAGUUCCGGAGCUCUGCGCUGUGCAUUAUGGAACAGCUGUCAGCUAUAAACCCAGAGGAGUAUAUGAGCACGGUAAUCGGAAAGCUGUGCUCAUCCACGGAGGGAGAGAUCCUGCUGAAACACGACCUUCUGCAGUCCCUGCUGAAGGCGCUGGAGACCCGGACGUGUUGGGCGGCCUUCCGGGCGGCGAGGGGCUUCGUCGGGCUGCUGUCUGUCGUCCUGGACAUGGAGGGAGCGCUGCGCCGCGAGCCCCCCAGAGCUUGGGCCGCCCUGGAUCACGACAGCCUGCUGGGCCUGCUCCUCCUGACCCUGCGCGCCGUGGCCGUGGCCAUCCACCUGGACCCGGCCAACAGCCACCUCUUCCAGGCCGAGGGCUACUGGGGGAGGCUGGCGGAGGCCCUGCUGCUGCUCGGCUGCUUCCAGGACGGAGGGUCGGGGGGCGCCGACGUCCGCCUCACGAGUUGGAGGGCAUUUCGGGAGUUCGUGGAGGCGGCCGGGAGCUCCGGGGAUCAGCUGCCGCUGUGCUUGCGCGACUGCGUGAAGCUCCUGGACUGUCUUGAUCGGGUGGCCCGGGGCUCCUUCCUGUCCAUGGAGCUCCCCAGCGCCCCGGAGGACACUGUGGAGAACUGCGGACAUCCGAGCAGUGCAGGGCAGCCCGACGCCCCCGAGGACCCGGAUCUGCUGGGGACGGGUCGACGGGCUGCCCACAGCGUGUCUUCUGUAGCUGGGGAAUUUGAUAACAGGUUCGCUUGGAAUCAAAGAAUUGUGCAUCCUGGAGCAGUCCGUGUUAUGAUGACCCUUCUUCCAAAAAUAUUUAGUGUGGAAGAUGUACAGCUGUCAAAAGAACUCCAGUGUGCUUUAGCCGAUCAUGUUCAGACACUAGUGAAGCCUGAGAGAAAUCGACAGAUCAUGUGUGAGUCUGGUCUUCUGCACACGCUCCUGACAGACUGUCAGGCCAUUCUGGACAGUACAGACGACCCCCUACACCUGCCAGUCAUCAGGAUCUUUGAGAAGCUGGCUUCACAGGCUAUUGAUCACAAGUGUUUGAGGUCGUUUCUGUGCCUGGGAGACCCCUUGCAGUGUGGAGAAGGAAGUCCUUCCCCGUCUGCACAGCGGGCUGAUUCACGCUCUUCCAGCUCAUCUUCGCAGGGGCAGGUCACGGAUCAGACUGCUGGCUUGCCACACAGAAAGCUGAAGCCCAGCUUCAGUUUGCUGAGUGAGCGAGGGGGCUUGACGGUCCCUCUGCUCCGCACUGUCAGCCUCAUCUCCAUGACCUCCCCGCGGAACCUUCACCCCCUCCGAGUCUCGGCGUCGCCAUCCUUCGUCGAGUUCGAUAUGAGCAGCACUGGAUAUGGAUGCCUUUUCCUCCCAUCGCUGGCCACCGUGAAGGGUGUGAAUGCAGAAGCCAUUCCAACUGGAGGGGUUGGCUCUGAGUGCCGGGGCUUUCCUCCAUCUGCCGGUCUGUCUUUCUCCUCCUGGUUUCUGAUCAGCAAGUUCAGCUCCUCGUGCGACACACAUCCUCUCCGCCUCCUCACUGUCGUGCGCCACAUGUCCAGAGUCGCCCUGCACUUCGUCUGCCUCUCCAUCAGCAUCUCCGCAACAGAUGGCUGCUUAGUGAUCUCUACAGAAGAGGAAGCAUUUCAGUUCCUAGAUAUGAUGGAGCCGGAAGCUCAAGGCUCAAGCUCUUUACCAGCCUCAGUUCGCUUCAGAUGUUCCAAGCAGCUGAUCCCUGGACAGUGGCAUCACCUCACCGUUGUCAUUGCCAAGGAUGUGAAAAAAACCUGCAAAGUCAUGGCCUACUUGAAUGGCAAACUAAUAGGAGCAGAGAAGAUGCGGUACAUCCAGCCGUUCCCCGGACAGAGCGGCGCCAUGGACCCCGCCGCGGCCGUGGACGUGUGCGGGAUCAUAGGCACCCCGCCCCGAUGGGCGCGGCCCGCCUCCUUGGUCUGGCGGCUCGGCCCCACGUGGCUGCUGGAGGAGGCGGUGUCACCCGAGGCCGCGGCCCUCGUCUACAAACUGGGGCCGGGCUACCUGGGCAACUUUCAGGCCCUCAUUCCCCAGGGUGUGUUCCGGGUUGAUCGCCCGGACCUGCCGCCUUUCCGAAUUGUCGCAGAGGAACGGAUUUCUUUCGGCAUCAAUCCAGCAGUGUCCACCGUCACCGCUGUCACAGAAAUCAGGGACCUUUACAAUGAAGUCGACAGCCGACUGAUCGCCGAGCAGAUGGGGCUUGUGUCACGCGACAGCUCAACUCCAGUUUACCUGGCCAAAAAUAUUGCUCAGCACCUUUCAGGAUCUGCCCGGACCAUCGGCGCAGCUCUGGUGGGAGAUAUCGGAGUAAGGACAUUUGUGUCGAAGAGUGCAGCCAGCAGUUUACAGUACAUCGGGGGGCCUGCGGUGAUCCUCAGCCUGGUCGCCAUGGCGUCAGACGACAGCUCCAUGUACGCAGCUGUGAAAGUCCUCCUUUCCGUCCUGAGCACCAGCUCCAGCUUCGAGAAGGAAAUGAUUCGAGUACAGGGCUACAGGCUGCUGGCGUUCCUGCUGAAGAUGAAGUGUCGUCUGAUAAGCCGCAGGGUUUUCCAGCUGGUCCUGUCCAUAGUGGGAACCAUGGAGCUGGGCUGCGGCUCAGUGUCAGUGCAGAACCUCUGUGCCUUUGAGGGGAUCCUCUGUGAUUUUGAGGUCUGGCAGAAGGCUCCAGAAAAUCUUGACUUGGCUGUUUUAAAACACUUUGUGGAUAUUCUGAAAUCUUCAAGCGGCGACCCCUGGAAUGCUGAAGUCAUGCAUCGGUUACACGUGAUGAAAAAGCUCCUUUUCCUUCUGAAUGACCCUUCUGUCACAUGUGAAAAAGUAGCCGUUAUCUGUGCCAUCAUGACAGGUCUGCUCAAAGGGUACUUUCACAUCAAGGAUGUAUGCAGACUUGGAUUGUUCCUGGUUCACACGUUGCUGCCACCCACCUUAAAUGAGAAUGUCAUUUUUUCUGAUUUCGUUUUUGAUGUAUCACCACAAGCCCUGGGCCAAACACCUGCAAGGACAAUAUGGAUCAGAAACCAGUUGCUGGAGCUGCUGUUUGAUUUAAUCUGCUCAGACAGUGCUCUGUCUUCGAAGAAUCAAGAGGAAAUCUUUACCGCGUUGGGACCUGACUGGUUUCUGCUCUUCAUACAAGGCAAAAUUCAUUCAACAUCAGUCCUGCUGGGAGUACGGCUAUUAACAGGGUUCCUGUCCAACCAGAACAUUUUAAUGAAGUUCAGAGAUGGCGAAGCUCCUGGAGUCCUGGCUGAAUCCAUGAUGGGAGAGUGCAGGAUCCCAAUGGACAAUUUGAAGAUGCGUUCCUGGUCAUUUGAACGCACAAACGCUGCAUCUCCGGGAUUCGAUUUAUUGCAAAGGCUCUUGGGAAACCACAUAAACAUCCCGCAGGUUUACUUUUUGCUGGCCGCUUUGUUCCUGCAAAAAACUGGCUGUGAAGUACCAACAGGACAGAUGGACCUUGAUGUCGGACUGCAGGGUCUGAUAGACAGCUUGGAUGAAAACCAGGACAUCCAGCUGUGUGCUGAUGUGGCCAUUCUGCUCCUAGAGCUGGUGAAGAUUAUUUUAAGCAAGCCCAUAACAAGCGCAGAGGACUCCUGGGAAAUAAACUAUCCAGGGAGCAUCAUGCAGUUCUUCUGCCUGGUCCACAGCAUGUUCCCCAGGAGCCCUCUGUGGGCCUCUCCCGACUUCCUUCACGCCUUGGCAGGAGCAGUUUUCCCUCCAGAUUCCCAUGAAGCCUGUGUCGCGGCCUCCCCUCAGGACAGCGCGGUGCUGUCGGAGGCGGGUGCUGCUCAAGAGGAGGUGCUGCCGCGAGACUCCCACCCAGCCAGGAAACAGGUGUGCGAUUUCAUGCGCAUUCUGCUGAUGGACAGUCUCAUCAACAUCCCCGCCAAGAGACAGCUACACCCCUUCGUGCUUCUUCUGGAGUUCUCUACAGAGAAAGCCUCCCACGACCAAAAGCAAAGUUUCCAGACUGAGGUGCUGGUGUUUCUAAUGGACAUAGUGCACAUGACGUUCCAGGAAGAGGGCCAAGCCACACACGUGUCGAGAGAUGACAACAAAAUCGCCACAUUGGUUGGGAACGUUGCUUUCUUCAGUAAGAAACUGGUGGAGAAGCUCUACACUGGGAUGUUGGCGGUGGAGCCUGAAAAGAUCCUUCUGUUUAUCACGGAACAGAUUGUGGUGGUCAUGGAGAAGGCCCAGGCCCACCGGGAGAAAACCGUGAGCGUGCUGUACAACAGCUUGAACCGGGCGAUACUGUACUUCCUGUCGCGGCCGCGGCAGAGCCUGCCGGAGCAGCAGGUCAUCGUGAGCACCCUGAGAGUCCUGCAGGAGCAGUGGGACGUCAUCCUGGCCACGUACAACGCCAACGUCAACUUCGUCACCUGCCUGACGCACUGCCUCCUCCAGAUCAGCUCCGGAAGUGAUUCAGACGGCUUUGGAUGGGAAGCUCAGAAAAAACAUUCCAAGAAGAUCUGGUAUCAUUUCUUGCCGAAUAAAAACUCGCAGAUGAACGUGACCCCCGAAGUGUCGGAGUCGUUUGACGUUCAGUCAGAGCUGUUGAAUCUGGUGGGGUCCACGUGGAAGAGGCUGCUGGCGGAGAGGAGACACACCUUAGAGGAGACGUACAAGAUUGACCUGUCCGUGAAGCAGGGGGGUGUCGAGGGGGCCGUCAACAUUUCGGAGGUCACCCCCCUGUGGGAAGAGACCGCCGUCAGGGCUUGGCAACAGUUCAUGGAUUCCCAGAAGAAGAAGCUGAACAAGAUGUACCAGAAGAAAGCAAACCCUCUGACCUCUGUGAUGCGCUCGGCCCAGAAGAAGCUCAGUAAAGACACAAGCUGCACUGUUGAGGCAUAUUUGGCUUGUGUGGAGGCCUACAGGAAGACCGGGCAGGAGAUGUUCGAAGCCCUCUUGAAGAAUCACAUACAGAUGCUUCACUGUGACAGCAGCAGGGUGAGUAAACUGUGGUCGCAGGCUGAGGGCGAGCUUCUGCGGGAGAGGGCCCUGUUCGGGCCCAGAGAGGGUCUCUUCCUCCCCGUGGGCUGGACACAGCUCCCCACUGAGGGGCCCCUGAGAAUGAGGCAGAAGAUCCGCAGAAAGGCUCUCGCUCCUUCAGAGAAAGUGGUGAAAUUUUCAGUAUCUGACCAAGGACUUUAUCUGAAAUGUAAUCCCAUUGAAGAGAACAAGGGGAUAGAGGAAAUCGGUGAAGCUGAGUCAGAGCCCAGAAUUCUCAGUGCAGUGGGUGACGAAGCAGCGGAAAGCGGGCUGGAGUGCAGCCAGCUCACGUUCUUCCCCUCCCUGAACGAAAGCUCCCUGCUCUCGGACGACUACUCCGAGCAGUGCCUGGAGACCCAGCUCGUCCUGCGGGAGCUCUCGGAGGCAGAAGAGGUCGACUUGAAGCUUUCUGUGGUUGUUGUUAAAGGUCAUGUAAUAACAGAGGGGGUGCUGUUAUUCGGUAAAGCCGAUUUUUAUGUGUGUGAGAGCUUCAUCUUAUCGCCGACGGGGGAUGUGCAUUGUAAAAACCACCACCCUUCUAGUGUGAGGGAUUCCUUCGUCCGCAGCAUGUUCAGCAAGGACAGACCCACAGGGGGUCUGGACUGCAGGAGGUAUCCUUAUGAGGAAAUUAAAGACGCCCUCUUCAGGCGCUUCCUCCUGCAGGAAAACGCCCUUGAGAUCUUCACGAGGGACGGACAGUCCCGGUUUCUCGUUUUUCAGAACAAAGAGCACGUCACAGCGUACAAAAGGUUGUGCUCCGCUGUUCCUUCAUUAAAAGGGAAGGGAGUCACGGAAGCCAUUAUUAAUCUGCGACGGAACGCAGUGGGAGAGAAGAUGGUGCUUCACAAGUGGCAGAAAGGGGAGAUCAGUAACUUUGAAUACCUCAUGCACCUGAACUCCUCUGCGGGACGCACCUACAAUGACCUGAUGCAGUACCCCGUGUUCCCCUGGGUGCUCGCGGACUAUGACUCGGAGAACCUGGAUCUGUCUCGCCCCGGCACCUUCCGAGACCUGACCAAGCCCAUGGGAGCCCAGACUGACAAAAGGAAGCAGAAGUUUAUUCAGCGAUAUAAUGAGGUUGAAAACAACGACGGGGACUUGUCGGCACAGUGUCACUACUGCACAUUUUACUCCUCUGCAAUCAUUGUGGCCUCCUUUCUGGUGCGCAUGGAGCCCUUCACUCAGAUUUCCCUGUCUCUCCAGGGGGGGAGCCUCGACGUGGCGGACAGGAUGUUCCACAGUGUGAAGAAAGAGUGGGAGUCGGCCUCCAGAGACAACAUGAGCGACGUCCGAGAGCUCACCCCCGAGUUCUUCUACCUGCCGGAUUUUCUCGUCAACUCCAAUGGCUUUGAGCUGGGCUGCAUGCAAGAUGGGACCUCUCUUGGGGAUGUGAAGUUGCCCCCCUGGGCGAAAGGGGAUCCCCAGGAAUUCAUCCGGCUGCACAGGGAGGCUUUGGAGAGCAACUACGUCAGUGCCCACCUGCACCACUGGAUUGACCUGAUCUUUGGCUACAAGCAGCAGGGUCCCAGCGCCGUGGAAUCGGUCAACACCUUCCACCCCUACUUCUAUGCCGAGAGGCUGGAUGCGGAGAGCAUGAAAGACCCACUAAAGAAGAGCACCAUCCUUGGCUUCGUCAGUAACUUCGGACAAAUACCGAAGCAGCUUUUCACCAAGCCUCAUCCUCCGCGCGCUGGGCAGCCGAAGGGCUCCUCCACCAGAGAGGUGCCUGGGUCCACACAGACGCAACCCUUCUUCCUCGGCCUCGACAAGCUGAAGCCCUCUCUCCAGCCUCUGAAAGAACUGAUCAAGGGCCCAGUGGGACACAUCGUCUGCGGAGAGAAAGAGCUGCUUGCCGUGGAGAAGAACAAGCUCCUCAUGCCAACGCUUGGGAACAUCUUCUUCGCCUGGGGGUUUAAUGACAACACCUGCGCUUUUGGGAGCGUUGUUUCAGAAAAGGUCUUUGCCAUCAGCGAGAGCCCGACAGACUGGGGGGAGUGCCUGUGUGCUGCCUGGCCUACUCAGAGUGUGCUCCUCACCGCGGGCAGCAGCACUGUCGUCUGCGUGUGGGACGUGGCGCUCAGCAAGAACAGCCUCAAACACAUGAAGUUAAAACAGACUCUGUAUGGACACACAGAUGCAGUGACCUGCCUGGCUGUCUCAGUGCCUUUCGGUGUUAUUGUCAGUGGGUCGCUGGACAAGACGUGCAUUGUGUGGGACUUUGAGGAGCUCAGCUACGUCACUCAGCUGCCAGGACACAGUGCAGGGCUGUCGACGGUGGCCAUCAACGAUUUAACUGGUGAGAUUGUGUCCUGUGCAGGGACGUAUCUUUACCUUUGGACUCCGAGGGGGCAGCUCCUGUCCUGGAUCAACUCCAUCUGCGAGCCGGAGGGGGGGAUUCUGUGCUGUUGCUUUACACAGAGGAACGAGUGGGACUCCAGAAAUGUCAUAGUGACUGGCUGUGCUGAUGGGAUUGUACGGUUAUGGAAGACUGAAUAUGUGAAAGCACAAUUACCAGCACAUCAUCUCCAGGCACCCUCUCCAGGGCACUCACCGGCUUCAGCUCCAGAGGAGAGAGGUAAAGAGUGGGAGAAGCACCUUGUUCUCUGUCGUGAGCUGAACAGGAGCCAGAUGGCUUCUCGUAAACGCUACAGAAAUAAUCCUGCAGUCACAGCCCUGGCUAUAUCAAGGACUCACAAUACCCUGCUGGUUGGGGAUGCCUGGGGGCGGGUGCACAGCUGGGCCUGCGAGCUGUAGAGCCAGCCAGCGCGACCUGACGCCGCCCUCUUCACAAGCUUGCACAGGGGACAGCCCCUCUUCUACUGCAGCGCUGGAGCUCAGAGGGGUCUUAGAAUUUAUUCUAAUGGCCAGACUGCUGUAGACUGGAUCAUCCUAGAUCAUGGAGCGCGUCCUUUCUUGAAUGCGCUCUGGAAAAGUGGAAAGAAAGACAAAAAAACUGAAUCCUGUUGGCUUAUGAAACUGAAGAGGCUGCAGUUUGUCUCAGGGCUGUUCUACAGUAGGCCACUGGCUUGUGAAUGUUUAGCCGAAAGAGUGUUUAUUUUAUAAACAUUCAUCUGGUUCAGUUUCAGAGCCACAUGUCGGAAUAUCAUUUAUUAUUUUUGAUAUAAAUUCUGUUUUAAGGAUUUUUUUUUGUCUCUACCCAAUAGACUGAUGAUUUAUGUCCUUGUUCUCUGGAGGAGUACAUGUGCCUCACGGUCUGGGCUGCAGGUUUCUGUUAAUAAUUAAUUAUAAUAACAAUUCCUUACAUUUAUAUAAUUCAUUUCAUCCCAAAGAAUCCCAGUCUGUUCUGAGGCUCACGUACAGUAAAUGUUUCUUUGUGUUAUUUUUGGAUCUAAAAUGUUGGUAGAGUAGUCAAUUACUUUUUUCAUUCAUUCUUUUGGGUUAGAAUACAGUAAACAGUAAAAAGUGUCUUUAUUUUGCUAAAAUAUCUGAUUUUUUCAUCAUAUUUGAUUCAGUCUGUACAUAAAAUAAAUGGCUUGCCCUUGUUAUCAAAUGUAAAUAAAUACUUUACGGACA